CACACCACUGGCUAAAUUAAGCCAGUGAUCUAACCAUUUAACUCCAGCCACGCUUAGCUCUGUCAGCUCACAUUCUCCCCCAGGCAGAAGCCACUGGACUGCAGCAAGCAACACAUCAGUCAUCACAAGGAUACAAUCCUCUAACUCACAGAGUGAACUAAAAACAAAAGCCAAAAUGCCGGUUCCUUAUCCCGACAUGGAGAAGCAGAGGAGACAAAACAUUUUGGACGCCAGUGCAGAAAUAGAAGGAGAUCAUUUUAACUUGGGGAAGAAGAUGAGCAUUCCUCGAGACGUAAUGAUGGAGGAACUGAAACUGUUGUCGAACAGAGGCUCCAAGAUGUUUCACGAGCGACUGAAGCGAGUUGAAAGGUUCACCCUGGAAAACGCAAACACACAGACUUGUGAUGACACCGAGGGCAAUAAAGGGCCUGGGGGCAAUAAAGGGCCUGAAGACAAGAACUCCAGUGGCAGUCAGGUGGGCAUCAGCCAGCCUGGGAAGAACUGUCUGGUGAGCACACUGAAACACACUGUGGCCAGGAAGGGGAACCCUGAUGUUCUUGCUCCAGGUUACUCUGGGCCGCUGACAGAGGUACCCCACGAGAGAUUCAACGUCACCAUCAUCCCCAAGUCCUACAGCUCACCGUGGAAUGAGGAGAAGCGGGACACUGUGGUGGCGUCCAUCAGCGCCAACCUCCCCGAGCUGCCAGCCAAGCUCACCCCGGCCAACUACAAAUGCUUCAACAGGGCUCCGACGCCUUUUGGAGGGACGGCAGGGAGUGUGAGAACAUUCCCUUUGCCAGGGUUCGAACUCAAUCAGGCCUACACAGAGUCAAAUAUGACCUGGGAGCGGAUGUGCCACCGGCCCAACUUCAACCGCAGGCCCCAGGGAUGGGUCAGACAGUACACCCCCGAGUCUGAGGACCUCUGAGGAUGCAGUGAAGACUGGGGGAGCUGGACUGGGCUGAGCUGGGCGGCUGUGCCCCGUGUCCAAUGACUUGACUGACUGCACUGGCUUAAUGAGCAUAGAAGAGGAUUACAACAGGCAACACGGCAGCUGAUUUAAAGCUUCUACCUGAAUGCUGAAUGUAAAACUAACCUUAAAGAGCAGCUCUAGCAGGAUCUGAACUAACAGGGUUUUGUUGAGAAAAUACUACUUUUUUUUCUCAUUUGAAGGAAAAUGCAUAUCACUAUUCGAUAAUAAAUCAUAAAAUGAAAGGGUUUAAUAAAUGUUACAUUAUCACAUUACAAAAUUGUUGGAAACAAUACACAGAUGAAUGGAAAUAUCACAAAACGGGUUGGAUUGGUCCAAAUAGGACGACACACACACUACAAUUGGACUGGCAGUGACGACUGAGUCCUCCUCUUCCAUUCUGUAACAGUUCAGACUUUGAAAUUCUACAUUAGAGUGACAACGUCUCCACCUUGUGGAGAAUAAUAGUUACUACACCCUAGUUAUGCUACAGAGUCAGGCCAAAUGUACACAUCACAUUGAACACGCAACCUCCAGAAGGUCUCAGGUUCAUAGCAGGCUGAAUUUAAAGUGGAAAAGUUGUCUGGAUGUAAUGUGUAGAAAUAAAAAGCAUGAGUCAUCUGAA